CCCAAAUUUUUAGUUAUUUCCGGGAACGUGUAGUGUGUAUUUGAGUCACUUGGCGUCAUUUCUCGUUCCAUGCAACUGUCAGUGAAAUAGUGUUGUAAGAUGGCCACGAAUAAUUAUUUUGGAUUUACACAUGGUGGAACCCAAUAUAGUGCCCAAGCUACAGGUGCUGCAUACCAGGCUGCCAGUCAGGCAGGAUAUGCUGUAGCUGCUCCUGCUACAGCUGCUGCAGCAGCCACCUAUGGUACUCAGAGACCAGCAGGUUAUGACACAGCGGCUUACCAGGCUGCUGCAGCUGCUGCUGCCCCUGGUGCCACUUACGCAGCUGUAAGCACAGGUGCAACACCAGCGUAUGAAUACGGUUACGGUUACGAUCAGACUGCCGCAGCAAAAACUGCAACAUAUGCUACUACUUAUACGCAGAGGCCUGCAACUGCUCAACCUCAAGCACAGGCAGCCACUGCUGUCGCUGCUAAACCUGCUCAAUACACCGGAUCCUACCAAGCGAAUCCUGCAGGUUACCAGGCCACUUACUCGGCUCAAACCACAAUAGCGGCCCAGCCAACUACACAAGCAAAACAAGCUAAUUCGACGACAUAUUCAGGAUACGACGCGGCUCUUUAUUCUGCAGCUACCAUGUACGUUGCACAACAGACCGGUGCUGCAGCCAAUCAGCAGAAGGCAGUUGGAUGGCAAGGUUAUAAGAAGGGAGGAGCCGGUGGUAUCAAAAACAUGCGCAUGAAGGCCCCGCCCAAACCACAGCAACUACACUAUUGCGACGUGUGUAAGAUAAGUUGCGCAGGACCACAAACUUAUCGUGAACACUUGGAAGGUCAGAAGCACAAGAAACGUGAAGCUGCCACAAAAAUGACUGCAUCAGUUGCCGUGACAAGUCAAAAUCGAGCAGGAAAUUCACUCAGAUGUCAGUUAUGUGACGUGACUUGUACUGGAAACGAUGCUUAUGCUGCCCACAUCAGAGGUGCCAAACAUCAGAAGGUUGUGUUGCUGCAUACGAAACUGGGAAAGCCCAUACCCCCCCAAGAGCCAGAGGUAAUAGGAGGUGCUCGUAAGUCUGCCACAACUGCUCCAAAGAUAAACUUUGUGCAAUCAGGCGGUCUGGGCAUGCCCGCAGGUAAUGGUGAAAAUAAAGACGACCAAGAGGCAGAGGAAGUCCCGGAACCGGAUAUUCAACCAGUAGGUCAGGACUACAUUGAGGAGAUCAAGAGCGAGGAUGGAAAGCAGGUGAUCAGCUUCAAUUGCAAACUUUGCGAAUGCCGUUUCAAUGACCCCAAUGCCAAAGAGAUGCACAUGAAGGGCAGACGUCAUAGACUGCAGUACAAAAAGAAAGUGGAUCCCCAGCUUGUUGUCGAUGUGAAGCCCUCUUUGAAACAAAGAAGAAUUCAAGAAGAAAAGGCACGUAGAAUCGCUAUAAGAGAAGAAAUGUGGACGAGACGUCAUUAUAACAAUAUGCAAGGCGACGAAGAAGAUAGGAUGUAUUGGGAAGACCGUAGGCGUUACGAAGAGGAAUACAUGGUAAUGUAUGGACACGGAAACAUGCCCUUCCCCAGAGGAAGAGUCUACCCAGGUGGAGCGCCACCUCCCGGCAUACCGAUGAGAAGAGCCGAAUCGAGCGAUGACAGGCACGUGAUGGCCAGACACACUGAAAUUUACCCGAAAGAAGAAGAACUACAAGCCAUUCAACGGAUCGUCUCUCACACCGAAAGGGCCCUCAAGAUGGUGAGUGAUCAGUUGGCCGAAGACAAACCAAACGAUUCUACAACUGUGAAAACUGAAGGCGUCAAAAUCGAGGUGGACACCAAAUCUGCAGACACUCAACAGAAAGAAGACGGCCGUGAUAAUCAGUUGUUUUCGUUCCAACAGAACCGCGACGCAAACAGGAUGCUAAAGGGUGUAAUGCGCGUGGGUCAUUUGGCCAAAGGUCUAUUGCUGCGUGGUGACAACAAGGUCGAACUGGUCGUUCUUUGUGAUGACAAACCCACCCUAACCCUUCUGAGAAAGGUCGUCGCACUGUUGCCUGGUUUCUUGAAGGAAGUCGCGCCAGAGGUUGCUUACACAGUAACCAUUAACGCUGCCGAGGCAGGUUUAACAGUUACAGGAGACAAUCUAACCGUGCUCGUUCAAUUGACUAGCCCCGUCAUGAGGGACCAAGAAGCUGCGAGCGGCGGGUUGGACCGGGAUGUUCUAGCACGUGGCAAAUGUCUCCAGGCGCUGGCAGCCCUCAGACAUACCAAAUGGUUCCAGGCACGAGCCUUGGGUCUACACUCCUGUGUAGUUAUUAUACGUAUCUUGAGGGAUUUGUGUCAAAGAGUUCCCACAUGGCAGCCAUUAAGCUCUUGGGCUAUGGAAUUGCUAGCUGAAAAAGUUAUUUCAUCUGUACCCGGAUCAGCUCAACUGUCUCCUGGAGAUGCUUUAAGAAGAGUCAUGGAAGCCGUUGCCAGCGGCCUUCUAUUACCUGGAGGACCUGGAUUGGGUGACCCUUGCGAGAAAGAUAAUCCAGAUGCAGCUUCUGCUCUGACUGUUCAACAAAGGGAAGAUCUGACAUGUUCGUCGCAGUAUGCUCUCAGGUUGAUUGCCUACAGGCAAAUUUAUAAGGUUUUGGGAAUGGAUCCUCUACCUGCACCACAGAAAGUAUUUAGAAGAGAUAGAUCAGCACGCAAACGACGUCGCUCUGGAGGAGAACAAGAAGGUUCAGAAAGUGAUAGUGGAAAAUUAAUCAAGACAGAUUUAAAUGAUUCAGCAAAGGAAACUGAUAAAUGAGAGAUAUUUAUGGAUAUUAAUUAUUAAGUUGUAAAUGUUAGGACGAUUAUUUUCUACGAUUUGAGAUUUAUUUUUUUUUUCAAUGUAUAGAGGAUAAUUCACUGUGGAUUAGAUAUUGUUGAAUGAAGAUGUAGUCUUUGAGUAUUUUAGAUGUAUUUGAAAUCUGAAAUAUAUUUCAACAAACAUUGCUACUGAACCAUUUUUUAGUUUUUAAAUUUUCAUUUGUACAUACACCUUCUUUACAUUAAACACUGAUAUGACUUGA